UUGGGUCUCACGCGCAGUCCGGUAUAUAAAGAGCGCGCUGUACUCCUGGCAUUCAGUUCCAACUGCAAACCCAAAGUUUCAUCAUGAGGAUUAUUGUGUGUGUGCUUCUGGCAGCUGCUGGCAUGGCUGCUGCACAUCCCCAAAUUACUGCGACUAAAGAUCCUGCCAUCCUCUCUGCUGAUCUCGGCCUUGGUACCUCUGCUCCUGCGUCUUCUGCUACUGCGCCUGCCACGGGCGGUGUAUCUCCUCAGGCUACCGGACGGCAAACCUUGGGUCCAAAUUUCUUCGGUCCUGGCCUCAAUAAUCGAAUGGCGAUCCCCAUUAACCCUUUGGUGGUACAGAACGCCAACAAAGUGCUCUCCACGCGCACCGGCCUGCGGGUGUUCGUCGACAUCGAUGGCUCGGCGCACUUUACUGACCAAUUCGGCCGAGAGACUGAAGUCAUCGAUGCCUUCGGUCGUGACUUAUCCGAACUCUUGGACUUUCAAGAGCAACAGGAGCUUUUAUUCAGUAACCGAAACAAACAGCAGCAGCUUAUCCAAAGGGGUCGAGAGAGGGAACUUGAGCUCCGUCAAAAGCAGCUGGAACUGCAGCUUCUUCAGGAGUUCCACACUAAUCCUAUUUCUUUCAACCCGGUUGGUGGCGCUGGUGGUACGGCUGGGAUACAACCAGGCAACAGAUUCAGUGUGUAAAGUGUACUCACUACCCUGACCCUCUCUCACGAAAGCUGUAACUAUUCUCCAAGAUCAACUCUACCCUUCUUCCUUAGUAGUGUACACUGAAAGGCCCUCCACUUCCCUAAAUACCAAUUCUUGAUCAUUUAUUUCUUGAUCCUCCUCAUUACCUUAUCCUGACCGCUUACCACUUGAUCCUCUCUCUGGUUUCUGAUUAUGCCUACCAUACAACUUAAUCAACUUAUCACCUGAUCCUCACGAUUAUCUGAUCUUGCUAAUCUACCAUAUAAUCAACCCAGUCAUCUGAUUUCUUCAGACUACUACUUGAGUCUUCCAACCAUUGAUCCCUCCUGCCUAUUAUCUAUUUCUGAACACUUCCCCUGCCAACAAAACCAUCUCCCUCCCAUCCCUGUGCCAUGUCUUAUCGAGAUUUGUACGAACUCUCACCACUAUCAGACGACACAUUAUUUGCUACUGUUAGUCCCACACCAUAACAUAUUUGAAGCAUAAACUGUACUUGCAUUUAAAGUAACGAUAUUUUAGCAUUUGUAUAAAUUAUUUCGUAAUAAAAAUGCAUGUACUACAAA